UGGGGACACUCAUUGCUCACAUUAUCCCGCCAACUCACCUCACCAGAAUACAGAUAACGCCAAGACGUAGUCGCCGUUUGCACUCAUGCGCACCGUGACCUAGCGUUGCGGCCGACAUUGGCUGGCAACUCUCUCCAAACUCUGCUUUGUCUACCUCUCUUGUAUGCAAACACCGAAUCUUGGAGCAGCGACCGCACUUCACUGCUACCAUGGUGCUCCGCCUAUCUUACCUUGGCUCCAUGGAGCCUCGCGUCUUGCCGCCAGAGCAAAAGGAUGACCGCGACGACGAUCUGCGCUGCAAUGGCUAGAAAACAUGACACUGAUAUCUCGCAGCACCCAGAGGAACCAGGUCGACUCCCCGCUCCUGCGUCUACCUGCCGAGCUCCGCAACAUGAUCUACUGGAAUGUCUUCGCCGGAGCCGUCAUCGCUAUCAACAAGGCUCACACAAAGAAAGACAACGUCCUCACCACGUACCCCAGCGUCCGCGCACUCAUGUACACCUGCUCCCAACUCUACCGUGAGGCUGAAAUCUACAUGUUCGGCCUCACUCUCUUCGCUCCCAGCUACUUUGCACUCCGCUUUCUCUGGUUGUCGAACAUGUGCGCCGGUAUGCCUGGUGCGGGGACCGCGUCGAUUAUGGGUUGUAAGAUCACAGCUGGUAACGCACGCGCCAUCAUUGAGGGAAAGAUCAAGAAGGAGGACUUGGCAUACUAUCCGUGCUUGCGACAGAUAUUCGUUCAGCUCUGGGAUCACCGUGUAUCUGUCAAGAGGAGCGAGAUCUACACACGGAUGCUCCGUGAAGCAUUCGGCAUUCCGAAUCUCGACGUCAAGUUCAUAAAAUGAGAGGGUGGAGACCAAGACAUGGUUGAGCUGGGCUGGGUGGUUGAAUGACGACUUGGGGAUAAACUGUGAACCGGUAAAGUACCUUCCAG